AUACCCUAAAGCACUAAGAUUGGUCUGAAUAGCCUUGAACUAACAACAAAAACCCUAACCCACUUUAACCCUAACCCCUGUGGGUUUAGUGAGGUUCAUAAUGAGGCUGCAAUGCUGUUUUUGUCACUGUUCAGAUUUUAUUUGUCUUUGUAACACCUGCCGGGCCUCUCUGCUCCGAUUUGCUAUCUGACCGGCACAACAGCUGGGACUUCUGCAGGAGGCGAGAGUAUACGUGAGGGAUUUCCUGCCCACUUCUGCAGACUAAAAGGGUCUGAAGACAAUAAAAGGCCACCAGUGAACACAGUGCAUCAGGCACUCACAGCAGUCCGGAUCUCCAAGACUCUCCCAGCAGAGAGUAGCAGCAGCAGCACAGUUGCAUUCACACGUCGGUGACUGUCCACUUCACUACAGUCCAAACAACACAAAGAUGAAUCUGGAUGUGGCCAGACCCCAGGGGAAGACUGGCGGCAAAUUCCCUAUCAGAGCCACGGCCCCCAGGUCCCCACGCAGGGGCCCACCCAAGUUCAAGCAGAGGAACACGCGGCAGUUCAAGAGCAAGCCCCCCAAGAGAGGCAUCAUCGGCUUCGGAGAGGAGAUUCCUGGAAUGGAAGGUCUUGGCACCGAUAUUACUGUAAUAUGUCCUUGGGAGGCUUACAGUCACCUAGAGCUGCACGAGCUGGCUCAGUUUGGUAUCAUCUGAGUCUCCUCCCUGUGGCAUCGGAUGAGUCAAAGGGAACAGAUCUGGAAACUUCAUCAGCUUGAAUCCCAGAGACCAGAACAACCUGGCGCAUCAGUUUUGGCUUGUUUUGAAUGAUACCCCAUGUACCAAAGCGUCAGCAAACAAUCUACAUGACCUAUUUUUUUAUGCUGUGUGUUUACCUGAGUUGUUGUUCUUUUUUUUUUAAGUAGAGUUAUUCUAAUAUUAAUUGUCAAGCUGCCUGUUUGAUGUCCAAAACCAGUUGAGUGCUCAGUGUGUCUUCGUCUUAUUUGUUUGCAUAUGGAGCUGUAACUGAGAGCUUGCCUCAUGUUACUGGCCUUAAACAUGAUUUCACUCUAGGAAUAUGUGAGUUUCUGCACAAAUAUCAGCAGCCUGAGUAUCCUGUAGAAAAUGACUCCAAAUAAAACUUGGAAGUUUUUAAACAAUUUUUCUAAUGA